CUAGCGUUUUCGUUUUCCCCCCAAAACCCCAACCCCCGGCCGGGAUGGCCCACUUCGCCGGCUCCCCGGCCCCCGCGGGCGACGCAUUCUGGACCGCGUGCCCGCACUGCUGCUACGUGCACUCUUACCCGCGCGUCUACGUCGGCCGCCGCCUCCGCUGCCCGACCGCCACGUGCCGCCGCGCCUUCUCCGCCGCCGAGCUCCCCUCCCCGCCGCCCAUCGUCCCGGGGACCGACAUGUACUUCUGCACCUGGGCUUUCUUCCCGCUCGGCCCCGCCACGCCCGCUGAAGGUUGGGCACCCUUCACGCCCUUCAAUCCGGCUCCACCGUCCUCCCCAUCCCCGUCCCCAACCCCUCCCGCCGCCGGCACCGCCUCUGCUUCCGCCCCUACCCGCGUCAGACCCACCUCCAGGAAGAAGGUCGGCGUGUGCCUCAAGGGCAGGGCGCGCGUCGAGGCGGAGGAGGAGGAAGACGAAGAAGAGCAGGCGGCCACCGACGAUAUCAAGGCUGAGUUCGAGGAGGAGGAGGUGCAGGCGGAUUGGCUCAGCCUUGGUGGCGACAACAACGGGGGCAGCGGGCUUAACAUCAACGAGGCGGUGGAUCUGAGCGAGCUGGGGUUCUGCGUUGACGAGUCUGGAUUCCUCCAGGAGCUCCCGUGAUCGAUGGUGGAGAAGAAGAAAGGUUGUGCAUUUUGAUCAUACCGUGCUUGGUGCUAAAAAACGUAAAUGGUUCGAAAAUGGUAUGGUGGUUCGUAUAUCCUGUCCUAUAUAUCCAGUAGUUCGGUUUAGUUUCAGAUGGAAAUGUGUGGUUUAAGUGGUUGCAGACUUGCUAGGAUUUCUGCUUUGUUUAACGAUGAUCGGCGGCGGAAAUGCCAAAAUGUGUCUCCUUAUAUAUGUGUGGCCUUUGAUGCUCAAAGACAAUGUUGGAUCGAUGGCUUUCGUUAUGUA